GCCAGGAAGUGAAGCACACUAAUGACCCUGGGGUCCUCACUUAUUUCUCAGCUAGCCCUCGCUUUCUUGUGAUUUGGAUUUGGAGAGGAGUCUUCAGGGAGCCCAGAGCCUGGACUGCCAAUGGGGCCGUACUGUCCAGUGAAGAGGCUAUGCUGCUAGAUUUAAACAGAGUCUCAAGCUAUUGCUGUGAUUUAUCUUCCAUUUUCUGGCCUGAAAGACAUUCAGGGAAAGAGGAAGAGAUGGCCACUUCUCAGGGCUCAGUGACCUUUGAAGAUGUAACUUUGAAAUUCACUCAAGAGGAGUGGGCACUAUUAAAUCCUUCAGAGAAGAAACUCUACAGAGAUGUGAUGUGUGAAAACUUGAGGAACAUUCUUUCAAUAGGAAAAAUACAAAAACAUUCCACCAAAGAGCAGCAUAACUUGCAUGGGAGUAAACAAAGUAAUACAACAGUGAACAUCUCUGAGGGCAAAGAUAGUCAGAAUGGUAGAAAAUCUCAAGAAUGUGGAGUAUACAACAAAUUAUUUACUUAUUCUAUUCAUCUUCAACAACAUGAAGGAAUUCACAGUGGAAGGAAACCCUAUCAAUGUAAACUAUGUAGUAAAACAUUCAGUUCUUCCAGUCAUCUUCGGACACAUGAAAGAAUUCAUACUGGAGAGAAACCUUAUCAAUGUAAGCUAUGUAGUAAAACAUUCAGUUCUUCCAGUUAUCUUCAGAUACAUGAAAGAAUUCACAGUGGAGAGAAACCCUAUCAGUGUGAACAAUGUAGUAAAACAUUCAGUCGUUCCAGUAGUCUUCGGACACAUGAAAGAAUUCACAGUGGUGAGAAACCCUAUGAAUGUAAAGUAUGUAGUAAAACAUUCAGUUUUUCCAGUAGUCUUCGGACACAUGAAAGAAUUCACAGUGGAGAGAAACCCUAUGAAUGUAAAUUUUGUAGUAAAACAUUCAGUCGAACUCAUCAUCUUCAUUCACAUGAAAGAAUUCACAGUGGAGAGAAACCCUAUGAAUGUAAGGUAUGUAGUAAAACAUUCCGGCGAUCCUGUCAUCUUUGGCAACAUGAAAGAAUUCACAGUGGAGAGAAACCCUAUGAAUGUAAAGUAUGUAGUAAAGCAUUCAGACAAUCUGGUAUACUUAGAUUACAUGAAAAAACUCACAGUGGAGAGAAACCCCAUGAAUGUAAACAAUGUAGUAAAACAUUCAGACAAUCUGGUAUGCUCAGAUUGCAUGAAAGAACUCACAGUGGAGAGAAACCCUAUGAAUGUAAACAAUGUAGUAAAACAUUCAGUUCUUCAAGUUAUCUUCGGGUACAUGAAAAAAUCCACAAUGAAAAGAAAUUAUUUGAGUGUAAAGUAUGUAAUAAAAAAUUCAGUUUUCCCAAUAGUCUUCGGUUACAUGAAAGAACUCACAGUGGAGAGAAACCCUAUGAAUGUAAAGUAUGUAGUAAAAAAUUCAGUUAUUCCAGUAGUCUUCGGACACAUGAAAGCAUUCACAGUGGAGAGAAACCCUAUAAAUGUAAACUAUGUAGUAAAACAUUCCGUCUUUCCAGUAGUCUUCGAACACAUGAAAGAGUUCACAGUGGAGAGAAACCCUAUGAAUGUAAAAAAUGCAGUAAAACAUUCAGUCAAGCUGCUCAUCUUCGUAUACAUAAAAGAAUUCACAGUGGAGAGAAACCCUAUGAAUGUAAACUAUGUAGUAAAACAUUCCGUCUUUCCACUAGUCUUCGAGAACAUGAACGAACUCACAGUGGUGAGAAACCCUAUGAAUGUAAACUAUGUAGUAAAACAUUCCGGAGAUCCUGUCAUCUUAGAAAACAUGAACAAACUCACAGUGGAGAGAAACCGUAUCAAUGUAAACAAUGCAGUAAAACAUUCAGUCGUUCCAGUAGUCUUCAGACACAUGAAAGAAUUCACAGUGGAGAGAAACCCUAUGAAUGUAAACAAUGUGGUAAAGCAUUCAAUCGGUCCAGUAGUCUUUGGACACAUGAAAAAACUCAUAGUGGAGAGAAACCCUAUGAAUGUAAACAAUGCUUUAAGACAUUUAGUUGUUCCAGUAACCUUCGGACACAUGAAAGAAUUCAGUGUAGAGAAACUCAAAGAAAGUAAACAGCAAAACAUUGGUUCGAGCCGGUCAUCUUUGUCAACAUGAAAUAACUCACAAAGGAGAGAAAUUUGAUAAAUGUAAGCAGUGUUGAAAACAUUCCGGUAUUCUGGUCCUCUUUGUAGACAUGAAUGUGUUCACAGUGAAGCAAAACCCUAUGAAAGUAAUAAAGCUUUAGAUGUUCACUAAUUUUCAAACACAUGAAAUAUUUGCAAUGGAAAUCAAUCUUUUGAGCAUAAGUUGUGUACUAAGCACUAGAGAGAGGGAUGUAACCUGAGACAUGAUGCAGAGACUAGUGGUUCAAUAUAAUAGAUCUCAGGUGUGAUCUUCUGCACUACAUGGGAAGGAGUUAUGUUCUGUAUUAUUGUCUCUCUAUCUCUCCAUCUUGUGUUAAUAUGUAAGUAAAUAUGUCUAAAUAAUUGUAAGGAUAACAGUUCCAUGAUAUAUAAUUGAACCCAUACCUCUGAAUAUUCAAUAAAUGUAAGGAAUAUGAAUAA